UUUCUCCACCGAUACCCGGGCAUGAACCUUCUGAUUCCGACUGCCUCUGUGUGAGACGUGAUUCAGUCCUGGUUCCGGUUCAUACUCAGGACGUACACCCCCUCAGCUCUUUUCUCCAGGACACCGAUGACUGCAUUGCUGCUGCUUCCCGCACUCGGAAACCACUGGAAAAGAUCGGAGGUGACACCAUGCAGAGCAAACAUCUCCGCCUGACCCUCCUGCUGGCACUGGGCACCUUCUGUGCCUCUCGUCCCGGGCCGGCUCCGAAUCUCGCCGGCUGUUGGACAAAUCAGCUCGGGUCCACCGUGAGUAUCGAGGUGGCUGAGGACGGGACCCUGCGAGGCACCUACACAUCACAGGUGUCGAGCACCGGGGAUCAAGUUAAAGGCGAUCUGAUCGGAUACCAACAGAUGUUCAACCAACCGACCUUUGGAUUCGCGGUGAAGUGGACCACAGAGUCCGUCAGGGGAAGUGUCACAGUGUGGACCGGGCAGAUGUUCAACACCCACGGUCACCAGACCUUGAUGACCAUGUGGUUACUCCGAAACAACACUGAAACUAUCGGUAACAACUGGUCAGCGACCCGGACAGGGCAGGACGUGUUUCGUCAUUGUGGGGUGAAGUGUGAAUCCACUGAAGGAAGCGGCGAUUUGGGAAGUCAGUGGAAAUGUGACUCCAGUGUCGGUGCCUAGGAGGGAAGAUGUGUCACAGAGUGCAGUGGGCACGGCCUCUGCCGAAUAAUCACUGGAUUUCAAAUUCUGUAAUCAGCCGAUCUUUAUAAAUCAUGAUCUCAUUAAAGGAAAAGUUUGUGCAUCAGAA